AUGGAAAAUUCAUUCGCAAAUUAUAUAGAGAAUUUAUUCACAAAUCAUAUAAAGAAUUCAUCUACAAAUCAUAUAGCUGUUAAUGAGAGUGUUGAGUUGGAUAUAGACACUGGAAUGGAUGAAAGUGUGGAAGUGGAUGAAGGUACAGAAGUGGAUGAUAGUAUGGAAGUAGAUGAAGAAGCUGAAAUUGAUUAUACUGAAAUAAAUUUUGAUUCUUACGAAGCAAUCCAAGAUGAUGCGAAUUUUGUUAAUCAUACGAAUAAUGAAAAUUCCUGUAAGAUAAAUUAA